AUGCUUCGCCAACUACCGCCGCCGCCGUCGCCCCCACUAUCGCCCUCCCAAGAUUUUGCAGCCACUCUGAUAUCCGUUUGUGACUCUAGUGCCGUGACGCCCAGCGAGUGUGCGGAGGACUCGCAAGUUUUCAGAGUCCAGCUCGCUCAAGGCACCAACAUUGACGAGGCUGCUUCCAGUCAAGAGAAUACAGCGCCUGCGCCCAGUCAAGAGCAAGCAGCACCUGUCUCAAGCCAAGACGACGUUCGUGGAGACGAGAGCGAAGAGGACGAAGAUGAACCUCUCGAGGACAGUGAUGAAGAGGACAGGAGCCCCGACGACGAUCCUGAUGACGUAGAAGUCGUCACUGGGGAAAGCGCUGGAAGUGAAGUUGAGGAGGACAUAAGUAUCAAUUUGAUUGAGAACGAUGUUCGUCAGUGCGUGACGGACCUGAUUAAUGGAGACGAGUGCGAGAUGGGUUGUCUGAAGGGAAAGUCACGCGAGCUGGAAUGGCUCACGUGCUCGCUUGGCCAGAUGACCAAGACGGAGAAGACGACGUGCAUCUUAACACUGGUAGGCGUCUUGAUGCAGACGGCAACUAGACGUCGUGGCAAGGGUGAACGCGAGAAGUUUCACUAUUACUUGCCGUUCGUCGGCCAAGUUUGUCGAUCCGCCUUCGCUCACUGCCUUGGUGUAAAGCCACUUACAAUUCAGCGCUAUAAGCUUCGCGUUCGAGAGGAAAAUAUUGCAGCCAAAGAACAUGGCAACAAACCCUGCAAGAAUACCUCCUCCAUAGAUGCAGUUUGGUUGGUCAAGUGGUUUAAAGAGUUCGCUGCCGAGACGGCGUGGUGA